GUAGCGGUAGAAACCUCUUUAGACCAUUCUCACCGCUGACCCUGGCGGGUCUCACGUGAGGGGCGCGUGCCCGUAGGUGUGGACGGAGGUACCCGGCGCGUUCUGGCGGAGGAUCCACGCAUCAGCACCGAGACCAGCAUCACAUCCAGCCUGAGCCAUCCAGCAGCCAUGUCCCAGAAAUCGACGAUGCAGACCGAGCGCGCGCACACGAUGCUCGAGCACACGGCCGCGCUGGACAUCGACUCGGCGCCGAGCACCAUCCGACAGACGGGCAUCGUGUGCACCAUCGGACCCGUCACGCGCUCGGUCGAGAAGCUGGUCCAGCUGAUGGAGGCCGGCAUGAACAUCGCGCGCAUGAACUUCUCGCACGGCACGCACGAGUACCACGCCGAGACGAUGGGGAACGUGCGGCGCGCGUGCGAGGUUCUCAGCCAGAAGGCGGGCCGCCCGGUGCCGAUCGGGAUCGCGCUCGACACGAAGGGCCCGGAGAUCAGGACCGGGCUGCUGGAGGGCGGCGCGUCGGCCGAGGUGGAACUGGUCGCUGGCAAGACCAUCAAGCUGACCACUGACAAGGCGUUCGCCGAGAAGUGCAGCAAGGACGCCCUGUUCGUCGACUACGUCAACAUCACGAAGGUGCUGAAGCCCGGCUGCAAGAUCUACGUGGACGACGGCCUCAUUUCGCUGCUGGCCAAGGAGAUCGGCGCCGACUUCAUCGUCUGCGAGAUCGAGAACGGCGGCAUGCUGGGCUCGAAGAAGGGCGUCAACCUGCCGGGCACGCCGGUCGACCUGCCGGCCGUGUCGGAGAAGGACCGCGGCGACCUGAUGCUGGGCGUCGAGCAAGGCGUCGACAUGGUGUUUGCCUCAUUCAUCCGCGACGCGGCCGGCGUGCACGAGAUCCGCGCCGUGCUUGGCGAGAAGGGCCGCGACAUCAAGAUCAUCUCCAAGAUCGAGAACCACCAAGGCAUCACCAACAUGAACGAGAUCAUCGCGGCGUCCGACGGCGUGAUGGUCGCGCGCGGCGACAUGGGCAUCGAGAUCCCCGCCGAGAAGGUGUUCGUCGCGCAGAAGGCGCUCAUCACGCGCUGCAACAUCGCCGGCAAGCCGGUCAUCUGCGCCACGCAGAUGCUGGAGUCGAUGGUGAAGAAGCCGCGCCCCACGCGCGCCGAGGUCUCUGACGUGGCCAACGCCGUGCUGGACGGCAGCGACUGCGUCAUGCUCUCGGGCGAGACGGCCAAGGGCGACUUCCCGCUGCAGUGCGUCUCCAUGAUGGGCCGCAUUUGCCGCGAGGCGGAGUCGGUCGUGUGGCACACCAGCUUCUACAUGGACCAGUCGAGCCUGGUGGGUCAGGCCGACCACACGCACUCCGUGUCGCUGGCGGCCGUCGGCGCCUCGCUCAAGAUGCAGGCCGCUGCCAUCGUCGUGCUCACCACCACCGGCAAGUCGGCCCAUCUCGUCUCGAAGUACCGGCCGGCAUGCCCGAUUGUGGCGGUAACGCGGUUCCCGCAGGUGGCGCGUCAGUGUCAUCUGUAUCGCGGCAUCUUCCCUCUGGUGCACACGGCCGAGCGCGUAGACGACUGGCUCCAGGACGUGGAGCUGCGCGUGCAGUACGCCAUCAACUUCGGCAAGGACCAGCACUUCAUCAAGAAGGGCGACCCGGUGGUCAUCAUCACCGGCUGGCAGUCGGGCGCCGGCUUCACCAACACCAUGCGCGUCAUCUACGCCUAGGCGCGGGUGGUGACGGCCGGCGUCGGGCCAGGUCGGAGCCGGCCGGGCUGGCGUUGGCGCUGGUGUUAGCUGGGCCGAGACGGGCGGCUAGGCGGGUGUGCGUGUAAGGUUGGUGAAAGAGCGUGAUUUUGUUCUGGUCGGCGGGGCGGAGUUGGUGGGCCGUCUCGGGCCGGCUCGGUGUUUUCCGCGUGCAGGUUCAGGUUGUGAACGUCGGGGCAGGUGUGUCACGUGGUUGUCAGCAUAGGUUCAGUCAGUUUCCUCCUGCCCCGUGAUUGGUCGGAUGGGAAGUUUCCUCGGCCUAAUCUGCGAAGGAAAGACACACUGCCUGCGUUGUUGUCCGGCACGCGGCGGGAUCAUGCUAAUAUGUCCUGCGGGCCGACUCUGGUUAGUGUAAGUUUUUCGAGUCAAACUCAGUGGUAAUUAGUCAUUCGAAGCUUUCUCCUCUGCGCUGCUGAUGGCUCUGUGUAAUUGAGCCGUGACAAUGCCUGCCUUUACUGCGGCAAUCUUGCUUUCCGUUGACAUUGCUCAGGUUACUUCGCACACCGCGUUUCCGACUUUGGACCAUUGUUGGAAGUGGGACGAGUGAGUCUCCUGGUUGAUUUUGAAUACUUUACACAUGUAUCCCACGUCAUGGAUAGCGUCCUCGUAUAGGCUUAUUUCACUACGAAAAAUUGAGACCGAUUUCAUGCGCCUGAAGUUUUGAUUGUUGCCUCGCAUAAUUGCUCAAGGCUGUCAUUAAAUGUGGGUAUUAUCUCGGAAAUGUGUUACAAGUACGGUUCUGCGACGGCCACUGGAUGUACUGCAUGUUCGUAGAACUCCCGACGUUAUGUCUGUAAAUGAUGUAACACUUCAAUAAAGCUCUCGGCACCCGA